AUGCUACGACCACUCGAGAUUAUAUUUCGAUACGUCACGAGUUCUUGGAGAGUCUUGCCAGAUAUAAUCGUUCUUGGAGAAGUGCGAUGUGGGACAACUUCUCUGUGCCAACACCUGGCCGAUUUUGAAUUAGUGGAAUGUCACACUCCAUUUUGUCUAUGGGCUCACCCAGAAUUGGACAACAAGGAGACUUUCUUCUUUGUUGGGCAUUAUUUGGGAAUCGUUACACCCAGACAUUACAGAAUGUGUUUCCCCUUAAAGAUUACAAAGUGGUGGAGCGAAACGAAGCGCAAAAUCUGCGGACAGCCUUCCAAACCAUUUCUGUCGUUUGAUGGAUGUGCACAAUACUUGACCAGCCCUACGGCUCCAUACUUAAUUGCACAAGCAUACCGAGAGGCGGGAGAGAAGCCGCCGGUCUUCAUUGCGUGCGUCCGCAGACCUGCAGAACAAGCUCUUAGCUGGUGGAAGUACGAGAACAACGCCAUGAAAUGGGGCGAAGGAAUGAUGUUGAACAAAUGGAACACUUCCUUAAGAGGGAAACUUUAUCCUCCGAGGUCUGUUGAAGACGCUAUCGACUAUUCACGAAGUCAACAUAUAGAAGAUAUGUAUCAGCGUGCAGAGAGUCUCGGUAUCGAAACAGUAGAAAAUCGACGUUUUUUUCGCUUGCCCCAAUGGGCAGUGACAUGGCCUGGUGGUCAGCUCAGUGCAAUAGGCAGAACAUCGUGUUUUGCAAGAAAUAUCUUGCGUUAUGAAAGGGUGUUCAGCAGCACUCGGUCUGACAAGCACAAACAAGCACUCAAGCAUGUAUCCAUAUUCCCAAUAGAGUUUCUUCGCGAUAAAAAAUCGUUGAAUCGGUUCAUUGCUUCGAUAUUAGAUCGGGCUGCUGAAAGAAGAAACAACAAGUCACUCUUUGCUGCUGGAAUUCAUUUGGCAGAGUCAUCCAACCGAUUGAAUAUCAUACACCGGAAUGCUGGCUCCUCUUUAUCACGCGAAGAGGAGGUACAGUAUAUCCGAUCCAAAUUUGCGAAAGAUGAGGACAGUUUGAAUAGUCUACUUCGAGUGAAUGGCAUUCCUAUAACUUAUGAAUGA